GAGAUCCCUCAAAUUCCGGUGGGCCCCCCUCGGUCCGCUAACGGCUGCGCCGCGUCAGUCUUCUUCGUCCCCACACGCCAAAGCCAGAGCGAAUGGAUCGGCUUCUUUCCCUUUUCCUCCAUAAUAUACGCCUAGAAACCGAGUUCUAGGCUUGGGAUUGGGGUUAAAUACUUCUUCUGAGAUCUAAAUCCGGUCCUAGAGAUUUCCGGAUGGCUACGUGCUUCGACCGGUGGGAGAAGGAUCCCUUCUUCGCCGCCGCCGAGGAAGUCCAGGAAGCCGCCGACAGAAUGGAAUCGCUGUAUAGAAGAUGGAUUGCCGAGAGAAAAGCGGCUUCUAGCAACACCGGCAAUGGUGAAGACGCCUCUGGCGAGCUCCUCAGGGAGCUUCAUACGGCCCUCGGGACUGCAAAAUGGCAGCUUGAGGAGUUAGAUCGGGCGGUUAGGUCGAGCGAUAAGGCUUGCUCGGCCGGGGAGGACGCGAGGACCCGGCACAGCCAAUUCGUUGCGGCGAUUGGGAAUCAGAUAUUGCUGGUGGAGAAUUCUUUGAGGGAAUUGACCCGUGAGGGGGGGAAGGCUAUGGCUUGGGUUCAAUUGGAUGAAGGAGAAAGGGAUGAGCUUGCUCUUUUCCUGUCCUGUCCCUUGCCAGAACUAGAGAAAGUGGUGACUGUUCCAUCUGUUGGUGAGGUCAAAUUAGGGGGCAAUCAGCUGAGGAUGAAUGGAGAGGCUGAAUGUUCGAAGAAUUGUUUCCUCCUGAAUGAGUCGGGUAGAAGGGAAACAGAAGAGAAGAAGGUGCAAGGGCAUCGGAGGACGGCAAGUGCCAACGCUGAUAUUGGGGUAUGGAAGAUUUCAGUUUCUAGUGAGGAUGCUCCUAGGAGAUCAUUUGAUGAACGGCCCAACUUACCCCUUCCGAAGAUACCCAGCUUAUCUUGCUUAACAAGGGCUAUAGAGUCAACAUCUAAGGCGAAAUUGUCUAAAAAUGGCUAUAGGAAAUGGAAAGGUGGGGAUCAACAUGAGGCAGAAGAAUUGAUCCCAUUACGAGACAAUCGAUGGAGUCGGGGAAUAGGUGCAUGCUAUGAGAAAAGUAAGAGCUGCCUCAGUAGUUAUGGUGAUGAAUCUUAUGAUAAGCUGCUCAAUGGGUGGUUUGGAGCUCUUCAAAGACAGCUUCAAAGGUCUCAGUAUCAAAUCCAGUAUGGCCAUCCUAUUCAAACUAUCUUCUGGGUCAUUCUCGUAGUUGUAUUACUAGUCUUAUUGGCACUAACUGCAAUCUAGUGGAGAUAGACAUUUUGAUAAAUCAUUUGACAGUUGGAAAAUCCAGGAGUGCAGGUUCCAGCUUUUGUUCUUUGACAACAGUAGGUAUUUUAUUUUGUCUUCAAAGCAUAUCAUCAUCCACUCAUAUAUAAAAACAUAAACAACCAUGUAAAAACAAAUGUGUAACUCUUGGAAUUGAUAGAAAGCUACUGAUAGGGCUGGCAAGAAGUUGGAUGAAUACAUAGCUUUAUGGUCCCUACUUAACAUCAUGUUUUGCUAACUUUGCAAAUUCUACUGCUAUGACAUGAGUGGUAUUAAGCCUAUGAAACAACAAUCUGUUGAAAAGUUAUGUAAAGAGGAAAUGUGUCAUGUGAAAUGGAACUUUUUUGUGGUUCGGAAGUAUGUACAUACAUCUGAGGUAAUUACUUUCAUGCUAGUUAGCACAAGGGUCAUGUUGCCGUAUCUUGUUUCUAGGCUUGUAUUCACAUACAUGUUCAUGCCGAGUUUAUACAUCUGGAGGUUAUAUGUGAUUCAGCAUCAUUGUCAAGUUUCAUGAGCUCAAAACUUUACAACAAGUUGUUACAGUUGAGCAUGUCUUAUCCAAAGCUUUAACUUCAUGAGAAAUGAUAUACAUGUGAAAGGAUAGUGAGCUUGGAUGAAAUGCAACUCAUUAAUGGAUGUGUAUGCAAACUUGUUUCUGAGACCAUAUUUCAUCAACAGUUUGCAUGAUCUCAUCUUUUGGAAUGAUUCAGUUGUAUGAUCACUUGUACCAUGCAAGCAUGUCCAUAAACUUGACGUGGAAGGAAAAUUGUUCUUAAAUAAGAGUUUGCAUGAAUAUAGUUGCUGCAGUCAUCCUAUAUAGCAUGCAUUUGAUUUUCAAAUGCUAAAUAUGAUUUGUCUGCAUGUUCACAUGAUAUAUAUGUAUGCUGUGGAUCUUCAUUGUUGAUUUUCAAAUGCAGUGCUAGUUCUGGACAAAGAAUCAGAAGAAAGUCUGCAAACUGUAUCCCCAUCGAUUGCCUUCUUAGCUAUCACUGCAUUUUUUGAUACAUGCAAAUAACUACACAAUACACAUGCAUAAGAGAUUGCUCUUGCAAAAACCAAAUGGUUGAACUGCCAUGGUACGCCCGCCAUCCUGUUAUUUUGUGCCCACCUGGAAAUCAAAUGGAUGGGCGGAUGGGAUCUGAGUAAAUGGUUAAUGACAACAAUGAAGCUUACAAAGUCACCAACUCAAAGCUAUUCAAUUUAGGUGGUUAGUGAGGCACUGCACUGAAACAUAAGCUUUGUCUGUCCAAACAAAUAGUCGGUUGUCCUGCUGCUGUUGAUUUUAGAUGGGGUCUGUAUUAAGGACCCUCAGCGGGCAAAAAAAAAACACAUGCAGGGACGUUCCCAUGGCAGAAACAAGAUUAUGUAUUGAAUACAUACAAACCAAAGAGUAAUCUGGAAGACUUGGGCCAGGAGGAUGUCUUCUGGGAUACCCUGUGGCUUUCAUAGCAUGCAUUUUAUACAGCCUAACAUUUCUUAAUGUCAUAUAUGCUGUUUCUUUUAGUCUGACCAAUCUUUUCUUUUCAAAUUUUGCUUCAGCGCAGGUUUUUGACAAUUUUUAAGCUUGCGACAACCACAUGCAUCAGAGCCGCAACUCUUUUUAAGGUUUCUUGUUAGUAAAAGAUCUAUCCAGAAAGCCUUGUCUUGAGAGGCCUUGUCUGUAUUUUGUUGUGAAAAGUUUUCUGUAUCGCAAUGGAAAUUUUGGUUUUUUUUUUUUUUUUCCAUAGAUCACUAUUUGCCUCCUCCUUCUAAUGGCAACAGAGAAGUAUCAAUUGUUGUGCCUGUUUCUAAGAGCA